AUGAGUUGGGAGGCGAGCUGGCGUCAGUGCUGCGCUUUGGGAAUGCAGACUCUCAAAAUUGACGAUACAGAGGAGCAAGCAGGCCUCACAAACAUGACAGUCGUUUUUAAAGACGACUGGAAAGCGAAUUUCAACUACUGGACCAGCGGUAAGUGGAAAGGGGCUCCGGUUGGCGAGUGGUCGUGGUGCGAGCCCCACGGGCCCACCAUCCUCGACCAGGGUCUAACGUGGGAAAGCGGCCAACCAGACAACAAGAAUGGAAACGAAAGCUGCAUCCACUUCCGCUUUGUUUUGAACUCGACUGUUACUAUCCUGACGGACCGAAAUUGCGCCAGAAAAUACAUCUACGCCUGCAAGAUGCCCAUUUUGAUAACUCCAAAACCAUGCGUAGCUUCGUGCCCAAAAAAGCCGUGUCAGCGAAACCUCACCCUGUUUGGCCCUGAAAAUCAACUGCUCAAUUAUCCCUAUUACGGUGAUUGGUUUAACGGAUGCGGACGCCAUUUCUUGUUCUACGAUAUGACUAGAUUGGAUUGGGGCAGUGCAUCGGACCUUUGCUGCAGUUUGGGUUUGACCCUGACCUCCUUGGAGUCCAAAGAUAAAACAAAAUGCUUUUCUAAACUUGUCACAAGAUAUGCCCGCUUUACUGUUGGCGACUACUGGCUUUCUGGAACCGACCUAGGUUGCGAUUCGAACUUUCGUUGGUGCUCUCUGGGCCGUGAUUUCAUCGACCCUGAGAUCAGGUGGAAGCAGGGACACCCGAAGGCAGGACUGGACUGCGUUUACGUCGAGGCAAGAAACGGAUCGGUGGUGUUAGCCACCGCGAAUUGCGAUGAACAGAAGCAGUUCGUUUGUGAAGUGCGCAAAAAGGGCACCAGCCAGGUCGCUUUGCAGAACGAAUGCCUUGAAACCUGGCAAAUCACUGAUGCUCAACUUGCUUUGCUUACUAACGCCGCUGCAUUUCUGACUGCGAACAUUUCUAUCGAACUGAAGUGCUUUUUGAAAUGCAUUGGAGUCAACUUUGGAUUGUUUGCUGUCGGAGUAUUCAAUUCCAUCGCCAUGUUGCGACAAGUGGAACUCGCGUCCAUGGAGGAGCCUGAGAAAAUGGAGCAGGGAUUCGUUGCUUUCGACGAGUGCAGUGGAAAAAAUGCGGACGAUGAGUGCGUGACUGCGUACGAAACUUACAAAUGCGGCUUGGAGAAGACUCCAGACUUGGUUGCGAACAUGGUUUCGAAUAACCUAGGCAGCGGUCCUGUGAUUUACCCUCCUACUCCAUGCAUUCCGAUUCGCAGGACUUGUUGGCUCUCGAAUAAUUUUCCAUGCGUUAGAAAUCAAUCAGCUAUCGAUUUACUGAACAGCCAGGGCAGUGACGACAUAGGGAUCAAGACGACCAUUACAGGCAAGACUUAUUACUAUGGAAUUUACGACCUUACUUAUGGAUCCCACAACCCUGUGACGGCAUUCAAACGGUGCUGUGAACUCGGCAUGAGGCUUUACGAGCCUCAGACGCUUGCAGAUUAUAUUAACGCUAGGGACAAAAUAACCGGGAGUACCGGUGUACCCCAACUGAUACUUGGAGAGACGGAGUUCAUCAACAGGACGCACGAGGUGUGGUGUCGCAGCCGCACCCUGCUCACCGACGACAUGCUCAGCCCUGAUCCGGCCCGCAGGUAUCCCUGCAUCGAGUCGAUCGUCAGCGUUUUCGAAUAUAGAGGUGCAGGAACAAUCCAAAUGUUUUCAAGAUCGGAUGAACGGGACUUACUGGACAUUCACGACUACUACAUUAAUCCGCUAAAGUAUCCGAAUAAACACUAUCAUUUUCAGAGCUUUAUUUGUGAACCAAUGGAUUAAAAUAUGGAAAAAG